AUUUAACACAGCAAAAACCUUAUCAUCAGAAGGAUUAAUGCCUGCAUUACCAUUUCCUCAAUAAAAUCAGAAGCUAAGUGGUGGAGGCCACAGACACCUCAAACCUGGAUUCUACAAUUCUACAUUAAGUACUGGAGUUUUUAUUACUUUGCUGGAGGGAAGCUUUUGCCAAUGCUUACAAGGAACUGCUUAUCCCUGCUUCUCUGGGUCCUGUUUGAUGGAGGUCUCCUAACACCCCUGCAGUCACAGCCACAAGAGACUUUAGCCACAGAGUCAAGAGAAAAUGUUUUCAACAUGCCAGGAAGGCAAUCACCUGCCCAACGUGUUAAACGUGGCUGGGUUUGGAAUCAAUUUUUUGUCCUGGAAGAGUACAUGGGCUCGGAACCUCAGUAUGUGGGAAAGCUUCAUUCCGACUUAGACAAAGGAGUGGGCAGCGUUAAAUACACCCUCUCAGGAGAUGGAGCUGGCACAGUUUUUACCAUAGAUGAAACCACAGGGGACAUUCAUGCCAUAAGAAGCCUUGAUCGAGAAGAAAAACCUUUCUAUACUCUCCGUGCUCAGGCUGUGGACAUACAUACCAGGAAGCCCCUGGAGCCUGAGUCAGAAUUCAUCAUCAAAGUGCAGGACAUUAAUGAUAAUGAGCCAAAGUUCUUGGAUGGACCUUAUGUUGCUAGUGUCCCAGAAAUGUCUCCAGUGGGUGAGUAA